AUGGCAAAAAGAAAUGUUUGGAAAUAUGACGAUUUAGCAAAAUUAACAGAAAGCGAGGUAGACGCAUUAUUGACAGAAAUUCCUUCUGAUGGAGAAUCAAUUGAUGAGUUUGACGAUGAAGAGGACGUAGAAGACACUCCUUCCAUGGAUAUCGAGUGCGAUAUAGAUGAAUUUACUGCUACGCCUAUUCAAAAUUUAUCAGAUUCCGAGAAUGAAGAAGAUGAUCUUCCAUUAUCUCAUUUUGUACCAAUGAAUAAAUUUAUUUGGAAAAAACCUCUAAUGGUUACGAAUACGGGCAGGCAAGAGAAUGUUUUUUCAGAAAGUGUCGGACCUGCUAACAUACCCGAUGAAGUUGAAUCACCAGUUGAUAUUUUUUGUUGUCUCUUGAACGAACAAUUUAUCGAACAUAUCGUUUUUCAAACGAAUCUUUACGCUACCCAACGUGGAAAAACAUUUGUCCCAACAACUACGAGAGAAAUAAAAAUAUUUUUGGCCAUAAAUAUUUUGAUGGGCGUGAAAAGACUUCCUAGCUAUCGGGAUUUCUGGUCAGCUCAAAUGGAGCUGAGGGAUUCUUAUAUAUCAAAUCUAAUGAGCCGUCGUUCUUCAAUCCGCCAAUAUAUGCCUAACAAGCCAAUAAAAUGGGGGUACAAGGUUUGGACUAGGGCAGAUGUACAUGGCUACAUAGACGAAUUUCAAAUAUAUACGGGAAAAGUUAACGAGACUGCAGAGAAAGAAUUAGGACCUCGAGUAAUUACAGAUUUGACCAGAUCUUUAGUUGGAAAACAUUAUUUUGUAUAUUUCGAUAAUUAUUUUACAUCCUUGGUACUACUGAGACAGUUGCAGAAGGAGAAUAUUCACGCGACAGGGACUAUUCGAAAAAAGAGAAAAGGAAUUCCAGAUGAUUUUAAAACCGAUAAAGAACUCAAACGUGGCGAUUUUGAUUGGCGAGUAACUGAUGAUGGAAUUUCCUGCGUCAAAUGGAUGGACAAGAGAAUAGUUCUGUUAGGUUCCAAUUAUGAAAAUCCGUCUGACACUGACCAUGUAGUAAGGAGAAAGAAGAAUGGUGAAAUGGAGAAUGUUCCGUGCCCUAAAGUCUUGAAAAAUUAUAAUCAAAACAUGGGUUUUGUCGACAAAGCCGAUAUGCUGAAGAAAACAUACCAAAUGGAUAGAAAGAGUAAAAAAUGGUGGCCGCGAAUAUUUUGGCACUUUAUUGAUGUCAGCGUAGUCAAUGCGUUUAUAAUUUUUCAGCAACGAUGUGGAAACAAUAGAGGCAUGAAUCUAAAGGCGUUUCGUUUGGCUGUAGUGACAGGAUUGGUAGGAGCUGGAAAGAAAACAGUGAAAAAGGGAAGAGCAAGAUUGGAACAGAAAAAUGUGAAUAACUACAAGCCAACAGUACCACUUGAAAAAAGAUGGGAUCAGUCUUUACAUAUGCCGGUUUAUGGAAAUUACCGACGUUGUGCUCUCUGUAGUACCCGAGAUCAUCAAAGACGAUCUAAAUGGGCUUGCGAUACUUGUGGUGUUGCUUUAUGUUUGUCCGAUAAAAAAGACUGUUUUCAAAGAUUUCAUAAGAAAUAA